CCUAGGUCCUUCCAUCGCCCCACUGCAGCAAGCAAAGCCAACACUGGGCAACCCUCUAAAAUGUUUAUUUGGACCAGUGGCCGGAGCUCUACAUCUUACAGACACGAUGAGAAAAGAAACAUUUACCAAAAAAUCAGGGAUCACGAUCUACUGGACAAAAGGAAAACAGUCACAGCCCUAAAAGCUGGAGAAGACCGGGCCAUACUCCUCGGGCUGGCCAUGAUGGUGUGCUCUAUCAUGAUGUACUUUCUCCUGGGAAUCACCCUGCUGCGGUCCUACAUGCAAAGCGUCUGGACAGAAGAAGCUCAGUGCUCGCUUCUCAACGCAUCCAUCACAGAAACCUUCAACUGCUCGUUUAGCUGCGGCCCAGACUGCUGGAAAAUCUCUCAGUACCCCUGCCUGCAGGUGUACGUCAAUCUCACUUCUUCUGGCCAGAAGCUUCUGCUCUACCACACCGAAGAAACAAUGAAAAUUAAUUCUGAGUGUUCGUACAUACCCAAGUGCGGCAAGAAUUAUGAGGAAUCCAUGUCAAUGGUGAACGUUGUGAUGGAAAACUUCCGGAAGUAUCAACGCUUCUCCUGCUUCUAUGAUCCUGAGGGCACUCAGAAGAACGUGAUACUGACCAAACUGUACAGCUCCAACGUGCUGUUCCACUCGCUCUUCUGGCCCACAUGCAUGAUGAUCGGCGGCGUUGCCAUCGUUGCAAUGGUAAAGCUGACUCAAUACCUUUCUCUCCUCUGCGAGAGAAUCCAAAGGAUCAACAGAUAAGAACGAAAACUCCUCCAAGAGUUAAUAACAGAUAAAAUACUGUUUUCUCAUUCUUCACCAAAGAACCUUAAGUUUGUAAUGUGCAAGUCUGUUAUAAGUUCCUUACUAUAUUCUUAUAAGUAGAGCAAUAAUGCAAAAGCUGUUCUAUAUGCAAACAUGAUGUUAUUAUUAUGCAGACAACCGAAAAAAUUAUUGUUUGUGUUGACGAUCUUGUUUGAUGCUGAGACUUGUACUUCUUUCUUUUCUACAGCCAGAAUUGGGCUCAGUGUGACCAUUUGCCAAGCUCGGUCAAUUGACUUUCUCAAUGUAAAGGAUUCUGGGGAAAUUCACACCUGGAUAAAAGGCAGCAAAUGACUUGUGUAUCACUGAGGUCUCACCUCUGGCUCAGCCCUGCCAGUGGAUUUCUGGUUUUGCCUUUUUAUUAUUGGUUGCAGAGGAAAAAAGUAGGGAAACAAAACAGAGGUUUUUCUAUGAGCAGGCGGCACCAUACGGACUACUGUGAGGCCAAGAUAAAUAUGAGUAUUUUCUGCCUAAGUAGGACUUGGUGAUGCUAUGUGUUAGCUCCCCCAGUUCAGAAGUAAAUUUUACCCAGUGGUAUGUACAGUCUUUUGCAAAACACUUUGGAGUUUUAUUUAUUUUAUGCUGUAUUUUCCUUCUGUCUUACCAACAGCAUCUUUGUCAUCUGCAGAAGCUGUAGCCAAAAAAAAAAAAAAAAA